AUGCAGCAAGAUAAUGUCUGCGAUAAUCAGGCAGAUGUUCAAGAAUGUAAAUGGGAAGAAAUUCAGGACAUAAUUGAGUCAGGAGAACUCGCUCGUUUGAAACGCAGCCGCCAGAUGACUGAAAAAUACCAUGACCACAAGAAGAGGACUGCUGGCUUGGACAUGAACCAGUAUAUUCUGCAAAAACUAGGGUGGUUGCCAGACGAAUCGCACUGUGAAGACACUAUCGCGAAGGCUUUUAGUGAGACUGCUCUAUAUGCUGUACGUGCCAACGAUUUUCCAUAUAGCUUCGAACCAGGCGUCGUACACCUAGUCCUCUGGUCCAAGAUUGCUCUACCUGUGCACUCUCCAGAUAAGGCCAUGCGAAAUGCUGCCCGGGCACGCAUAGGCGCUUUUCUCCAGGCACAACCAUCGCUGCGGCCCCUUAUUGAAACAGAUCACGUGGCGUGGUUUGUAAACUACCCGGAACUACAAAGUGUUGCCCGGAUAUUUCACGCUCACGUGCUUCUUUAUUUUCCACGGGAUCACUACUCCGCGGAACAAGUAAAAAUAACAGUUGACGAUAUCCUUUUACACGGUUUUGAGCCGGUUGCCUAG